AAGAAGACACCGUCAACAGGAAAAUACUAAUGGGAAGAUGGUGGACUUACAUGUUCUGUUUGAAUCAGAUGGCGCGUCGAGUGGAGAUGAGAAGUAUUGGAAUCAGUGGCGAAUACGAAAGGAAAUAAGUGAAGUAACGUGGUAGUUGAAGUUGGUAAAUCCAAGCCUAGUUCUGAUAUUUUUUGGGGUGAGAGUUUUGAAUUGUUGGAGUUACCUGGGAGAUUCAUUUUAAGUCUGAAAAUCGUGGAUGCGUUGGAGAAGUAGGUGGCGGCAAUACACAGUAGGUUGUAGUCUGCCAUUAAACCUCAUAAAAGAAGAAGAAUCCACACCCACUAACAAGCCAACGCAGCCGGUUCGAACACUCCUAGCAGUGCACAUUUUCCAUAUCGAUUUCAAGGAAGUUUCCACAACGUCUCACAUAAUGAGAGGCGAGAGGGGUCGAGGCCGUGGUGGCCGUUUUGGGGUUCGGGGGGGAGGACCUGUGCCAGGAUUUCGCCCAUUUGUCCCUCACAUCCCCUUUGACCUCUACGUGUGUGAAAUAGCCUUCCCUCGUCUGAAGCCUGCCCCCGAUGAGACAGCCUUCAGUGAGGCCCUACUGAAGAGGAACCAGGACCUUGGCCCCACCUCUGUUGAACAGUCAUCCAUCUUGUCACUGGUCACCAAAAUUACCAACGUCAUUGACAACUUCAUCGUUUCAGCUGGGGCUGAUGAGGUGGAAAUUGAGGAAAUGAGACAGGUAGGCUCCUACAAGAAAGGCACCAUGACAACGGGACACAAUGUUGCAGACCUUGCUGUCAUUCUGAAGAUAUUGCCUUCUGUGGAGACCGUGACCGCUCUGGGAACCAAGGUGGUGGAGACCCUACGCACACAGGACCCUUCGGAAGUACUCUCCAUGCUGCCCAACGAGACGGGCUUUGAGAUCAGUUCGGCCGACGCCACAGUGAAGAUCCUCAUUGCCACCGUGCCCCACAACAUGCGCAAGCUGGAGCCUGAUGUGCACAUCGAUAUGAAGCUCCUGCAGAACUCCCUGGCUGCUGUUCGCCACGCUCGCUGGUUUGAAGAAAAUGCCUCCCACUCCACGGUGAAGGUCCUGGUCCGUUUGCUGAAGGACCUGAGGAUCCGCUUCCCUGGGUUUGAACCCCUUACCCCCUGGAUGUUGGACUUACUGGGUCACUCUGCAGUCAUGAACAACCCCAGCAGACAGCCGCUAGCCCUCAAUGUGGCCUUCAGGCGGAGCUUGCAGAUGCUGUCAUCAGGGCUUUUCUUGCCUGGUUCAGCUGGAAUUGCAGACCCCUGUGAGAAUGGACACUACCGUGUAUUCACUGUCAUGAACCUGGAGCAACAGGACAUGGUGUGCCUCACUGCUCAGACCCUGGUGAGGUUGCUGUCUCAUGGCGGCUACAUGAAGAUUCUGGGUCUGGAUGGAGACGCUAGCCAUCUAGUGGUGGAGACAUCCACGUGGGAUGGAGUGACAGUGAAGCCUUCUGAGAAGGCAUAUGAGAAGAUGCCGGAGGUGGAAUUGGAGGUGGAUGAUGAUGAUGAUGAUGAUGCAGAAAUGGAGAGCAUGGAUGCUAAAGAGGUUAUGGACACUAAAGAGUGAUUGUGGUGACAGACUUUCAGUUUGUCAUUCAACUGUUUUGAAAGGUCCCAUUCUGAGGGAUGGGGAUUUCUUUUUUCUUUUUGUACUGUCUCCUACCCGCGCCUAGUUUAAGGGCUUGUUUUGUUUUCAGACAUCCCUGAUACUAGGGAAACAAGGUGUGGCUUCCAAUGUUUUUUAUGUUUCAAUUUAUAUCAAGUCUAAACAGAAAUUGAACUAUUUUCUCUUGGCUUAUUGUAUGGCAAAGAUUUUGAUUAAAAAAAAACUUAUUGAAAAUUCUGAUUUCUAUGGUCCACUCCCAAAUGACGGUGCUCCAGUGUACAGUUUCUCACUGAGCUGGCUGUCAAAAAUGGAUAGAUCAUGUCAGUUUGGUGGUGUCUGAAGUUACUGAGCAGCCAGUGGAGACGUCUCUGUUUAUAAUGUCGUCUGGACUAUUACAUACAGAGGUGGUGUUGUCAGUAAUAACUGGGCUUUAAUCAAUGAACCUAAUUGCGUAGUCCUUUGACGGCAGACCUGGAAACAGUCAUAAUCGUUAGAGGAGCUGUGAAGGGAGGGAGAGGCUGCUAGCGCUCAGCAAUUAAAACCCAAGGCUGGCUUAUUGAGGUUUUCUCUGGCUAGAUGGAGUUCUUGAUCGAUCCAUGGCUGAUAGAAUAUCAUCUAUUUUGUUUGAUAUAAGUGCACAAAAUACAAUGCUAUUGGCCCUUAAACUCAAGGAUUUAUUCUGCCCUGCACAGUGAACAGAGCUUUUUCAAUGUGUUAACCUUUUUUUGAAUAAUAAAGCUGAAUAAACAUGCCGUAGUUAUUGUUGAUUCUCCAGCUGACUAACCACAUCCCCCUUCAAAUGGAAUGUUGCAACUGUGGUAUUGGAGUACUUGUCCUCAGAUGGCAGAGGUUUAAACUUUUGCAUCCUUCAAAGUGUUUCAAUCAAUCUGAGAAAAAAAUGCUGUUGUGUCAAUAACAAAAGUGCUUGCUUUAAUUGUCUUGUCAGUGGUACAAAUUGUUAAUUGGCUCUUGGACCUUGACAAUGGUUAGCUUUUCAUUGGGUUGUUGAUUUGAAGUAUCUGUAUACUGGUUGAAAAGGGCAGAUUUGGACACAGGUAUCUAAAUUGGACCUCUGUACAGUAACAUGCUAUACAUGAGCUCUGGCUCUGCGCUUCACAGCUCCGUAUGGGAGCCGUUCUGAACUUGCACCGCGUAGGACAAGAAGGUGCCCCAUCCCUCCCCCUAAUUGGGCAUCUUUAAAAUUAUAUUUUUGCUGUAAAUUAGGAUUACCGGUACUCUGUAUUUCAAAGAUGAGACGAUGAGGGUAAUAAAUACAACUUUGAUGUCAUACAAGCAAGCCAAACACCGGUGAGUACAAAUGGGUACUUCACAUUACCAUAUGAAACUUGUAAUAUAGUGUCACUGUUUAUAAUCACUGUUUGAUGUACAGUUACUAGAUGUUAUGGCGUUAUACCCUGGGUUGUACUGAACAGAAUGAGAACAUGUUUGUAUUGUGAAGAUUUGCAGUCUACCACACAUCUGAAUGCACUCAUGACUCCAUUCUAUGCUCACCAAUUAUGACCUGCUCUGAAAUGUCUUGAGAAAGCCUAGCACUGUAAGAUCAUAUUUGAUCUUUUUGAUAGUCAUGUUGGCAAUAGAACAAGCUUUCAAAUUAUACCCACCUGACCCAGAUUGUGAUUUAUAAUGGGCUGUUUUUUGCUUGUGUAAAGGCGGGGAUGCAGGGUUGUGUUCCAAACAAGAGUUCUUGCUCUAGUUCCUCAAUGGCAGAGAUAGGAGACUCAAAUCACCUUAUAGUUGAAGACUCGUCUUUUAGUCAUAAGUGUAUUGAAAUGAUUUCGGAACUGUGCACACUUUGUAGAGGUGUGGCCAGUUGGAGACAUCAGUUAGUCCUCUCACUCAACCCCAUAUUUGUCUUAUGUUGCACCUACCCCAAAUUUUCCAAUACAUUUCUUAUGUUACUGAAUGUAUCCAGUGUAUUUUUAGAUUUCAUUACCAACAAAUGUGGCAAAGUACAGUAAAUGUAUAAUGCACAUAAAAUCAACUGUUUGGA